AUGGCGUCAAGUGCAGUGAGUAACUUCAGUGUCGUCAGGGAGUUUGUGCUCCUGGGAUUUUCUCAUCUGCAUGAGUUCCAGACCCUCCUGUGUGCUUUCAUCCUAUUGAUAUAUGUGCUGACGGUGCUGGGGAACCUGGCCAUUGUCACCCUCACAUGCCUGGACUCCCACCUCCACUCACCCAGGUACUGCUUCCUCUGCAACUUCUCCCUCUUGGAGGUGCUAGUCGCCUCCACUGUGGUCCCUAGGAUGCUGGCCGACCUGCUGUCCACUCACAGGACCAUGUCCCUGGCUGAGCGCCUGACCCGGUCUUUCUUUUCCUUCUCCCUGGGCUCCACCAACUUGCUUAUGCUCACAGUCACGGCCUUUGAUUGCUACGUGGCCAUCUGCCAUCCUCCGCACUACACGACCAUCACGAAUGGGCCAGUCUGUGUGAAGCUGGUGGUGGUCUGCUGGGUGGGUGUCAUCUCCCUGACCCUGCAGAAAACCCAGCUCUGGUUCUGCGGUCGCAACAUCAUUGACCACUACUUCUGUGACUCUGCCCUGCCGCUCAAGCUGUCCUGCUCCGACACCCAGCACGUCGAGCUCGUGGACCUCUUCCUGUCCUUUCUCGCUCUUCGUGCUGCCGCCCUGCUGCUCUUCGUGGCCUCGUACAUCCUCACUGUGGCUGCAGUGCUGCACACGCCCUCCUCCUCCGGACACCAGAGGCCUUUCACCUGCACCUCCCACCUCACGGUGCUGGUUCUGGGCUACGGCAGCGCCAUCUUUAUCUACCUGAGGCCAGGCAAGGGCCACCCCACGCAGCUCAACGAGGUGGUGGCCCCCUUCCUCAACCUCUUCAUCUUCACCUUCCCGAAUGAGAAGAUCAGAGAGGUCAUUGAGGAUACGUCCGAAAGGAUCCUCCUCAGAGCCCCAGCCACCCGCAGAUGA